UCCUUGUGAUUGGUUGGUAACAAGCAAGCGGUAGCUCCUCCUCGUUCUACCUGUCGCGUUGUGAGAGGCUCGCAGACUGUCCCGUUGCUCCGCCUACUGGCCCUUUUCCGUCGCUCGUCGCAGCCAGUGAGUCGAAUUGUGCCGAAAUCUCGGUUUGCGCUGGCGGUAAUGUCGCUCUGCCCGCGCCCCUGCUGCAAGUAAAUACCGGCGAAUUCAUAGGAAGGACUGUUGCAAGGGGAGCUGUGUCGAGCGCUGAGUGACGGAGGCCGAGGGGGAGCGUGAGGACCGAGACCGGGGGAGGAGGGGAGGGCAGGACUCGUUUUCCUAGCCGAGCGCACCGCAGAGCGCGCAGAAUAUGGCGGAGCAGCACGCGGGCGCCGACGGAAAGCACAAGGCUUCUUCGCCGAACGCGGCGGGCUCGGGUUCGGCCUCCGUCCUAGCCAGCAGCAGCCGCUCGUGUGCCGCGGCCGGAGGGGGCGCCAGAGGAGGCCUAUCCGGAGGGCUGACGCAGCCGGCCGGGUGGCAGUCCCUGCUGUCCUUCACCAUCCUCUUCCUGGCCUGGUUGGCAGGCUUCAGCUCCCGGCUCUUCGCCGUCAUCCGCUUCGAGAGCAUCAUCCACGAGUUCGACCCGUGGUUCAACUACAGAUCAACACACCACCUCACUUCGAAUGGGUUCUACGAGUUCCUCAACUGGUUCGACGAACGAGCGUGGUACCCGCUGGGCAGGAUCGUCGGGGGAACCGUAUACCCAGGCUUGAUGGUCACAGCAGGCCUGAUCCACUAUGUGCUGAACCUUCUGCACAUGACGGUGCACAUCCGUGACGUGUGCGUCUUCCUGGCGCCCAUCUUCAGCGGCCUGACCGCCAUCUCCACCUUCCUGCUGACACGAGAGCUGUGGAACCAGGGGGCGGGACUGCUGGCUGCCUGCUUCAUUGCCAUAGUGCCCGGCUACAUCUCCCGCUCAGUGGCAGGCUCCUUUGACAAUGAAGGCAUUGCCAUCUUCGCACUGCAGUUCACCUACUACCUUUGGGUCAAAUCCGUGAAAACUGGCUCCGUGUUCUGGACCAUCGGUUGCUGUCUCUCUUACUUCUACAUGGUGUCCGCGUGGGGCGGCUAUGUGUUCAUCAUCAACCUGAUCCCCCUCCACGUCUUCGUGCUGCUGCUCAUGCAGCGCUACAGCCGACGGGUCUAUAUCGCCUACAGCACCUUCUACAUUGUGGGCCUGGUGCUGUCUAUGCAGAUCCCCUUUGUGGGCUUCCAGCCGAUCAGGACCAGUGAACACAUGGCAGCGGCAGGCGUGUUUGCACUGCUCCAGGCUUAUGCCUUCCUACAGUAUCUGAAAGACCGGCUCACCAAACAGGAGUUCCAGACACUCUUCUUCCUUGGGGUCUCGCUGGCUGCUGGCGUGGUCUUCCUCACAGUCAUAUACUUGACCUACACAGGUUACAUUGCACCGUGGAGUGGACGGUUCUACUCUUUGUGGGACACCGGGUAUGCCAAGAUCCACAUCCCUAUCAUUGCCUCUGUGUCGGAGCACCAACCCACCACCUGGGUGUCUUUUUUCUUCGACCUACACAUCCUGGUGUGCACCUUCCCUGCUGGCCUCUGGUUCUGCAUCAAAAACAUCAAUGAUGAGCGUGUCUUUGUGGCCCUUUACGCCAUCAGUGCCGUGUACUUCGCUGGCGUCAUGGUGCGGCUCAUGCUCACUCUCACCCCGGUGGUGUGCAUGUUGUCGGCCAUCGCGUUCUCCAGUGUCUUCGAGCAUUACCUAGGCGAUGACCAGAAGAAGGACAGCCCUCCAACAGAGGACAGCAGCGACGAGGAUGACAAGAGAAACUCGGGGAACCUGUAUGACAAGGCGGGCAAGGUGCGCAAACACAUGUCUGAGCAGGAGAAGGCAGAGGAGGGCCUGGGCCCCAACAUCAAGAGCAUUGUGACCAUGCUGAUGUUGAUGCUGCUCAUGAUGUUUGCCGUGCACUGCACCUGGGUCACCAGCAAUGCCUACUCCAGCCCCAGCGUGGUGCUGGCCUCCUACAACCAUGAUGGCUCUCGGAAUAUCCUGGAUGACUUCCGCGAGGCGUACUACUGGCUGCGGCAGAACACAGAUGAGCACGCACGCGUGAUGUCUUGGUGGGAUUACGGCUACCAGAUCGCUGGCAUGGCCAACCGCACCACUCUAGUUGACAACAACACGUGGAACAAUAGCCACAUAGCCCUGGUGGGUAAGGCCAUGUCCUCAAAUGAGAGUGCAGCCUACCAGAUCAUGCAGAGCCUCGACGUGGACUAUGUGCUCAUAAUCUUCGGUGGCGUGAUCGGCUACUCGGGUGACGACAUCAACAAGUUCCUGUGGAUGGUCAGGAUAGCAGAGGGCGAGCACCCCAAGGACAUUCGGGAGAGCGACUACUUCACCCCCCAGGGUGAGUUCCGGGUGGACAAGGCCGGUUCGCCCACCUUGCUCAACUGCCUCAUGUACAAGAUGUCCUAUUACCGCUUUGGAGAGAUGCAGCUGGACUUCCGCACGCCGCCGGGCUUCGACCGCACACGCAAUGCGGAGAUCGGCAACAAAGACAUCAAGUUCAAGCACCUGGAGGAAGCCUUCACCUCAGAGCACUGGCUGGUGCGCAUCUACAAGGUGAAGAAGCCGGAGAACCGCGAGCCGCUGGACCACCAGCCCCGUGUGACCAACAUCACCCCCAAACAGAAGUACACCUCGAAGAAGAAUGCCAAGAGGAAGCGAGGGUUCAUCAAGAACAAGCUCGUUCUUAAGAAAGGCAAGAAGCUGAGCAAGAAGACAGUCUAAUAGCGACAAUGGGAUGGGCGGGAAAAGUCACAAGCAAGAAGCCACCGAUGAUGAUAAUGAUAAAGAUGAAGAAGCGACAUGGUCUGGAACCUCUGGAAGUGUGUGUUUGCCUUUGGGCCACAGGCCUCUGAUGCGAGCAUCUCAGUGAAGCGGGGUCAUGAACUCAUAUGCCUCCUGGUCUCUUGGGGGGCUAUGCUGGUUUUACUGAGGGGACUUUUGUCUUGCUCUACCAUUUUGUUUGUUUGGUUCCGUUUUGUUUGUUUUUUGUACUUGAAUGUGGUGGCGAAGCAGGGCACUGCUGAACCGGGUGGAAAGCGUACAUUUUUGUGGUAAAUACAUUCUAAUCCUAUAAAUCUCAAAAAAAUAAAAAUGUGGUGAAUCUGGGAGCAAUUGCACCAAAGAGCCCUCAUUUUAUUUGUAACUCUUUUUUUAUUGUUUAUCUUUGCUCCUCGGCACAUGUAAACUUGUUACCUUUUUUUAAGAAAAGAGAUGUUCUGGCCCCUGACAAAGUCCUGCUGGAUGUGUGUGGAAUGGAGAUGCCCCCUGGAGGGUCUUGGUACAGCUGCCCUAUACAGAUACGUUCUAGUAGCUUUGUUUCAUUAUUUGUCUUUAUAGGAAAUGGUCAGAAGAAAAUAUCCAAGUCUGUAAAUAUGUACAGAAUGUCCAAAAGGGUUAUAUAAUAUAUAUUGGAUUGUUGUGGUGAUUUUUAAAUACGCAGACAUUUUUGUUACCUGAUAGUGGCUUUUAUAUUGCAGCAAAUUGUGGAAAGAAAAUAAGUGAAUGCAAUAAUCCUUGUUGACAGGAAUCAAAGGUUUACUUUGGAGAAUGUGAUUGUGUAAUUUUUUUUUUUCCUCUCCCUCAUUAUUUAAAUCAUCUUCUGCUGCUACUUGAAAGGCAAUGCUAUUUAUGGUGUGUUUUUUGGUUUAUCAAUUCUGCCUCCCUCCAUCAGAGGGGGCUCUUCUCCUCUGUGGUUGAGAUUGAAGGCUAGCACACUUCAGCCAGUCUGCCAGCUGCUGCUCUUGACUCUCACCAGCCGUCCGGCAUCGUUCGCCCCGUUUUCAGCGUGAGUCUGCAGAAUCCAGCUGAAAUAAUUAACACCCGUGAUGGCAGUGAUCGCCCUGCAGCGCCACCACAUGGUCACCUUAAACGGCAGGAUGUGGUGCCCCCAGCAGCUCCAUGCCCUUGAGAGCAGGUGCCUGUCGGAGGACAGCGGCUCGAGUGUUUUUUCAGGGGGGGAAAAAGGUGACAAGUCUACACAUCAUUUACCGCACAAGAAAUCCAGAGGGCUUUUUUUAAUCAUUAACAUCUUCGUUGUUCAGCAGUUUAACUGUUUGCCUUUUGUCACGCCAUGCUUUUUUUUUUUUUUCUUUCUUU